CAUUAGAGUGGUUAUGUUUAUUGGUGAAUUAAAUAAAAGAAGUGACAUAGCAUACAAUGUUUUUUUAUCUACUAAUUGUGAUUUUAAUAACAUUGUAUUACUAUGGGAUUAGGACUUUUGAUUACUGGAAGAAGAAGGGUGUCAAUCAUGAUCCGCCGCUACCCUUCUUUGGAAAUAAUAUAAGACAGUUCAUGCAAAAAGCCAGUAUGGCAAUGAUGGCCACGGAGACGUACAAGAAAUAUCCUGAGGAGAAAGUGGUGGGUUUCUAUCGAGGUACCUCACCUGAACUCGUGGUACGGGACCCUGAACUCAUCAAGAGAAUCCUCGUCACAGAUUUCAGCAGCUUCUACGCAAGAGGCUUUAAUCCACACAAAAAGGUAAUAGAACCGUUACUUAAGAAUUUGUUUUUUGCUGACGGCGAUCUUUGGCGGUUGAUAAGACAGAGAUUCACUCCGGCUUUCAGUACCGCUAAAUUAAAGGCAAUGUUUCACAUAAUAACCGAACGUGCAGAAAAAUUACAAAUUAUUGCGGAAAACGAGGCCGAUGGAAAUUUUUGCGACGUCAGGGAACUGAUGGCCAGGUACACGACCGAUUUUAUAGGUGCAUGUGGCUUCGGCUUAAAUAUUGACUCUUUGAGUGAUGAGAACUCCCAAUUCCGAAAACUUGGUAAGAGGAUAUUCGAAAGAGAUCUCAGCGAUGCAGUGCGUGCUGCCCUUAAAUUAAUAUUUCCGGAAUUGUGUAAGCAUUUAACGUUUCUGACGCCAGAAUUAGAAAAAUCUAUGACGUAUUUAGUACAAAAUGUGAUACGCGAAAAGAAUUACAAGCCCUCCGGAAGAAAUGAUUUCAUAGAUCUGAUGCUUGAGCUCAAACAGAAGGGAAAAUUACUCGGGGAGUCAAUAGAAGCCAAGAACGCAAACGGAACACCAAAACAAGUUGAACUAGAAUUCGAUGACUUGCUGAUGACGGCACAGGUCUUCGUUUUCUUCGGAGCUGGUUUCGAGACAUCCUCGACCGCCUCGAGCUACACAUUGCAUCAAUUGGCCUUCAAUCCAGAGUGCCAAGAGAAAACACAAAAGGAAAUCGAUGAAGUUUUGAGCAAACACAACAACAAAAUUACUUAUGAUGCUAUCAAAGAGAUGACAUAUUUAGAAAUGGCAUUUAACGAGGCAAUGAGACUGUAUCCAUCAGUUGGAUAUUUGGUGAGGAUGUGCACGGUACCUGAAUAUACGUUUCCGGAAAUCAAUUUGACUAUCAACGAAGACGUAAAAUUAAUGAUUCCGAUUCAAGCUAUACACAAAGAUGAAAAGUACUUCAAGGAUCCUGAGAGGUUUCAUCCUGAAAGGUUUAGCUCUGGCGCGAAAGCAAAUUUGAAACCGUACACAUUUUUGCCUUUUGGUGAGGGGCCACGGGCAUGUGUUGGUGAAAGACUGGGUCAAAUGCUGUCGAUGGCGGGCUUAGUUGCUGUAUUACAGAAAUAUACGGUAGAGCCCGUUGAGAUCAGCCUACGAGACCCAAUACCUGACCCUACCACAACCGUUUCUGAAGGCUUCGUCCAUGGUCUACCUCUCAAGCUACGGAGAAGAGAACGCAGAAUCUAGUCGAAGCUUCUCGUUAAUCGUGCGUAAAUUCACUUACUUUUAUUAGAAUCUGUUUUUUUUUUUGGGAUGAUUAGAUUAACAAAGAUUACGUUGAUUCUGAAUUGCUACAAACUAUAAUUAUUGACUAUAUUAUGAACAAUAUUAUCUAAAGGGUUCUUACUACUUUCAAAUAUGCUAGAGCAGCAAAGCAUCAGACUUCUUUAAAUAAAAAAAUGGCGUAAGAACCUGGGUAUUAAGACUGUCUUUAACGUAGACUCUGGUUUAGAUUCAGAUGAUCUUGUAUAUUAUAAUAUUAUUAGUAUUUUUUGUUUGAAUUUUAUACAAUGGUUCUUUAUACUUUUGUUAUAUUGUAAUAUUUAGUAACGCGAACGGCCGAGUCUCAACCGGCAAUGUAAUGUAAAAUUGUAAAUUA